GCGACUCUGUAGAAAACAGGUACCCAGCAGCGCCUGAGAAAGAGGAGCGACUGAAUGCCAGAAAGCCUGUCUGUCUAGAAGGGGUGACGUGGGGUAGGGUGCAGUGAGAUCGGGUGAUAGGAGAACCUGGCCUGAAGAGGCAAGUCCUCACCGAUCAGCUACUUCUGGAGCAGACUCCCAGCAAACAGACUCGGAAGAGACUCUGCCCGCUACUUGGUCAAACUAGUUAGCCUGGAAAGUAAGGGUUUUUGUUCCUGAGUCAUGGAAGACAGCAGAGCUGAGAAGUCAUGUGAACAAGCCUGUGAGUCCCUGCAGAGGCAGGACUAUGAGAUGGCCCUCAGGCACUGCACAGAGGCCCUGCUUUCUCUCAGCCAAUCUCCCAUGGCUGACUUCCCUGGGCCGUGUCCCCUGGAGAUAGAACGCAUCAAGAUCGAGAGUCUCCUCUACAGAAUCGCCUCAUUUUUGCAACUGAAAAACUACGGGCAAGCUGAUGAAGACUGUAGGCAUGUGCUGGGAGAAGGACUGGCCAAGGGCGAAGGGGCCUUCCGGGCCAUGCUUUGCUGCAUGCAGCUGAAGGGAAAGUUGCAGCUGGUCUCUGCCAUCCUCGCCAAGUCUCUGACUGGAGAGUCCCUGAAUGGGAUGGUAACAAAAGAUUUGACGAGGCUGAAAUCACUUCUCGCCGAAACCGAGACAGCAACUAGUAACGUCCUCUCUGGAUAUCAUGUGGAAGACUUAGAUGAGGGGUCUUGUAAUGGGUGGCAUUUCCGCCCCCCACCUAGGGGAAUCACAAGCAGCGAGGAGUAUACUUUGUGUAAAAGAUUUUUAGAGCAAGGAAUCUGUAGGUAUGGUGCCCAGUGUACUUCAGCACAUUCCCAGGAGGAGCUAGCGGAGUGGCAGAAAAGAUACGCCUCACGGUUGAUCAAACUGAAACAGCAAAACGAGAACAAACAGCUCUCAGGCACUUACAUGGAAGCCUUGAUAGAAAAGUGGAUGAAUUCAUUAUCUCCUGAGAAAGUGCUUAGUGAGUGUAUAGAAGGGGUGAAGGUUGAACAUGACCCUGACCUGUCCGUUACGGUCAGCACCAAAAAAUCCCACCAGACAUGGACCUUUGCUCUCACCUGUAAGCCUGCAAGAAUGCUGUCUCGUGUAGCAUUGCUUUAUGAUGCUCAUCGUCCUCAUUUUAGUAUCAUUGCAAUAUCUGCCGGAGAUAGUACUACCCAGGUAUCACAAGAAGUCCCAGAAAACUGUCAAGAAUGGAUAGGAGGAAAGAUGGCCCAAAAUGGAUUAGAUCAUUACGUGUAUAAAGUCGGGAUAGCAUUUAACACAGAAAUAUUUGGAACUUUUCGCCAAACCAUAGUUUUCGACUUUGGAUUGGAACCAGUACUCAUGCAAAGAGUAAUGAUUGAUGCAGCUUCUACAGAAGAUCUUGAAUACCUGAUGCAUGCAAAACAACAGCUAGUAACCACAGCCAAGCGUUGGGACUCUUCUUCUAAGACUAUUAUAGAUUUUGAACCUAAUGAAACUACUGAUUUGGAGAAGAGCCUUCUUGUCAGAUACCAAAUUCCACUGUCCGCUGACCAGCUGUUUACCCAGUCCGUUUUAGACAAGUCAUUGACCAAGAGCAACUAUCAGUCGCGGCUGCAUGACCUUCUUUACAUUGAGGAGAUAGCCCAGUAUAAAGAAGUUAGCAAGUUCAACCUUAAAGUGCAAUUGCAGAUUCUAGCAAGCUUCAUGCUCACUGGAGUUUCUGGAGGGGCAAAGUAUGCUCAGAAUGGACAACUUUUUGGUCGUUUUAAGCUUACUGAGACACUUUCUGAAGAUACUUUGGCUGGACGACUGGUGAUGACCAAAGUCAAUGCUGUGUAUUUGUUACCAGUCCCUAAAGAGAAGUUAGUACAGACCCAGGGAACCAAAGAGAAAGUUUUUGAAGCUACUAUUGAAGAGAAAACAAAAGAAUAUAUAUUUUUAAGGAUAUCCAGGGAAUGCUGUGAAGAACUUCACCUUCGGCCUGAUUGUGAUACGCAGGUUGAACUUCAGUUUCAGUUAAAUCGAUUACCCCUCUGUGAGAUGCAUUAUGCACUAGAUAGGAUCAAGGACAAUGGGGUUUUGUUUCCAGACAUCAGUAUGACUCCUACCAUACCAUGGAGUCCCAACAGACAAUGGGAUGAGCAGUUGGAUCCUCGACUUAAUGCAAAACAGAAAGAGGCUGUUCUGGCCAUCACCACUCCACUUUCAAUACAGCUGCCGCCUGUCCUAAUCAUCGGACCCUAUGGGACGGGCAAAACCUUCACCCUCGCUCAGGCCGUCAAGCACAUACUGCAGCAGCCAGAGACCAGCAGGAUUCUCAUUUGCACCCAUUCUAAUAGUGCUGCUGAUCUCUACAUAAAGGAUUAUUUACAUCCAUAUGUAGAAGCAGGCAAUCCCCAGGCAAGACCUCUCAGGGUAUAUUUCAGAAAUCGCUGGGUGAAGACUGUCCACCCAGUUGUGCAUCAGUACUGUCUGAUCUCAAGCGCACAUUCCACCUUUCAGAUGCCACAGAAGGAGGACAUCCUCAAACACCGCGUGGUGGUUGUUACCUUGAAUACUUCCCAGUACCUCUGUCAACUGGACCUUGAACCUGGGUUUUUUACGCACAUUCUGUUAGAUGAAGCUGCCCAGGCCAUGGAGUGUGAAACUAUUAUGCCUCUAGCAUUAGCAACUAAAAGCACUCGGAUUGUCUUGGCUGGUGAUCACAUGCAGCUCAGUCCUUUUGUUUACAGCGAGUUUGCCAGGGAGAGAAACCUUCAUGUUUCAUUACUUGAUCGACUCUAUGAGCAUUACCCUGCUGAGUUUCCAUGUAGGAUCCUCCUGUGUGAGAACUACCGCUCCCAUGAAGCUAUCAUCAAUUAUACUUCUGAGCUUUUUUAUGAGGGUAAACUGAUGGCCAGUGGAAAGCAGCCAGCACACAAGGAUUUCUAUCCAUUAACUUUCUUCACAGCACGAGGGGAGGAUGUGCAAGAGAAAAACAGCACUGCUUUUUACAACAAUGCAGAGGUAUUUGAAGUGGUGGAGCGUGUGGAAGAGUUAAGAAGAAAGUGGCCAGUAGCAUGGGGAAAGUUGGAUGAUGGCAGCAUUGGUGUGGUAACUCCAUAUGCUGAUCAGGUGUUUAGAAUCCGUGCUGAACUUCGAAAAAAGAGGUUAUCUGAUGUGAAUGUAGAAAGGGUGCUAAACGUUCAAGGAAAGCAGUUCAGAGUUUUGUUUCUUAGCACAGUACGUACAAGACAUACAUGUAAACAUAAACAGACACCAAUUAAAAAGAAAGAGCAACUUCUGGAAGAUUCCACAGAGGACUUAGAUUAUGGUUUUUUAUCUAACUACAAGCUACUCAAUACUGCCAUCACAAGAGCACAGUCGCUGGUUGCGGUGGUGGGUGAUCCCAUUGCUCUGUGCUCUAUUGGAAGAUGCAGGAAAUUUUGGGAGCGGUUUAUUGCGCUGUGUCAUGAAAAUAAUAGCCUGCAUGGGAUCACGUUUGAGCAGAUCAAGGCUCAAUUGGAGGCUUUAGAACUGAAGAAGACUUAUGUGUUGAAUCCACUGGCACCUGAAUUUAUCCCCCGGGCUCUGCGACUACAGCAUGCGGGAAGCGUCAGCAAGCAGCAGCAGUCACCACCCAAGGGGAAAAGCCUCCAUCAUGCACAGAAUGAUCAUUUCCAGAAUGAUGGGAUUGUUCAGCCCAAUCCUUCCGUACUUAUUGGCAAUCCUAUUAGAGCAUUUACUCCUCCACCCCCUCUUGGACCUCACCCAAAUUUGGGAAAAUCUCCAAGCCCCGUUCAAAGAAUAGAUCCUCACACUGGGACGAGCAUUCUUUAUGUACCUGCUGUCUAUGGAGGGAAUGUAGUUAUGUCGGUGCCUUUACCUGUACCAUGGACAGGAUACCAGGGUAGGUUUGCAGUUGAUCCUCGAAUCAUUACCCACCAGGCAGCAAUGGCCUACAAUAUGAACCUGCUGCAGACACAUGGGCGGGGCUCUCCUAUACCGUAUGGCCUUGGGCAUCACCCUCCAGUCAGCAUAGGGCAGCCACAGAACCAGCAUCAGGAGAAGGAGCAGCAUGAGCAGAAUCGGAAUGGUAAAAGUGAUACAAGCAAUCCUGGAGCUGAAAUUCCUAAGAUUCGAACCCCAGAGAAAAAGCCUGCAGACCUGAAGCAGGUUGAUCUGGAAUCAAAUCCACAGAACAGAAGUCCGGAAUCACGCCCUGGUGUUGUUUAUCCAAAUGCCAAAUUUCCUCGCAAAGAUAAUCUUAACCCCAGACAUAUAAAUCUCCCUCUCCCGACUCCCCAUGCGCAGUAUGCAAUCCCUAAUCGCAGCUUUCACCCCCUCCCCCAGCUCCCAAGACCACCAUUUCCAAUUCCACAGCAGCACACCCUGUUAAAUCAGCAGCAGGGUAGUUUGCCUGAGCCACCGAAUCAGGUGCCACCACAGCCAAAUCAGCUGGUCCAGCCGCAGAGUCCGUUGGAUCAACAGAGCCAGCAGCCUCCUCCUCAGCUUUCUCCUGCGUACCAGGCAGGACCCAGCCCUGCUUACUUUAGCGGGGCAGUUGCUCACAGACCCCAGACUCCUCCUGCUGAGGCCGUGCUUCCUGAGCAGCAGCCCCCUCCCAUGCUGCAGGAAGGCCACAGUCCCCUGAGAGCCAUCGCCCAGCCGGGCCCCAUCCUUCCUCCGCACCUGAAUAACUUCAUUGAUGAGAACGCACCGGGACUGCCUUUAGGGGAGGCCUUGGAUCGCGUACAUGGGAAUGUAGCUCUGGAGACACUGAGGCAGCAGCAAGCUCGGAUACAGCAGUGGAGUGAGCAUCAGGCCUUUCUUAGUCAGGGCGGUCUUCCAUACCCACACCAUCAGCAUCCUCACCUCCAGCAUCUCCCUCAGCCGCCCAUCGGAUUGCAUCAGCCACCAGUGAGGACAGACUGGAAGCUCGCCAGCAGUGCAGAAGAUGAAGCCGAAACGACGUACAGCAGGUUUCAAGACUUACUCAGAGAGCUGUCCCAUCGUGAUCCGAGUGAAACCCGGGAACUAGCUGAAAUGCCGCCACCUCAGUCAAGACUUUUGCAAUACAGACAAGUUCAGACUAGAAGCCCACCAGCAGCCCCUUCUCCCCCAUCCAGCACAGAUCACAGUAGCCACUUUUCUAACUUUAAUGACAGCAGCAGAGACAUUGAAGUAGCCAACAGCCCAGCAUUUCCACAACGCCUCCCACCCCAAAUAUUCAGCUCGCCUUUCUCCCUGCCUUCGGAACACCUGGCCCCUCCCCCCCUGAAGUAUCUGGCACCUGAGGGAGCAUGGACUUUUGCUAACUUACAGCAGAAUCACUUGAUAGGGCCGAGCUUUCCCUAUGGCCUACCUCCAUUGCCUCACCGGCCACCACAGAACCCUUUUGUACAAAUCCAGAAUCAUCAACAUGCUAUUGGUCAAGAGCCUUUUCACCCACUGUCAUCUCGAACAGUAUCUUCUUCUUCGCUCCCUAGCUUAGAAGAGUAUGAGCCCAGAGGACCCGGUCGGCCCUUGUACCAAAGAAGAAUCUCAUCCAGCUCAGCCCAGCCUUGUUCUGAAGAAGCAAGCACUCCUCGAGACAGUCUGGCUCAGUGCAAAGAGCUCCAGGACCCCGGGAACCAGGCUUCCUUCAGCUUCUCCUCCCCAGAGUCCUGGGCAGAUACCACCUCAUCUGCCCCCUAUCAGAACAUUCCGUGCAAUGGAUCCAGCAGGACAGCCCAGCCCAGAGAGUUGAUAGCUCCGCCCAAGCCUGCCAAGCCCCCUGAGGAGCCUGCUGAGCCCGAGAACCUCGAGGUGGCCAGCCCCUUCAACUACAGCAUGCUGCAGCACCUCGGCCAGUUCCCGCCACUGCUGCCUCACAAGCAGGUGGCCGAGGCGGCUGCUGCGGCGGGCAGUGGCGGCAGCAGCGGUACACAGAGCUCCGCGUCCAGCAAGCCGGCCAUGUCCUACGCCAGCGCCCUGCGUGCCCCGCCCAAGCCGCGGCCGCCACCGGAGCAGGCCAAGAAGGGCAGCGACCCGCUGUCCCUGUUCCAGGAACUGAGCCUGGGCAGCUCUCCUGGCAGCAACGGCUUCUAUUCGUAUUUUAAGUAAUCGCUCAGUUUCCUCCUGGGAAGGCUUUUCAUUUCUGUUUGUAUCAGUAGAGGUAAGGUAGUGGACUUCACUUGUAGGUGCACCGUGCCCUUUGUUUUAAUAUCCAACAUGCCCUCACUUAAUUGCUUUGCUGCUAGACUUGCGACUAAUUUUUUUAAAAGUAUAUUCCAUUAUUUUGCAUUUUUGAUGUGAGUCAAUUUUGACAGCUUUUAUGUAGAAUAAAAAAUAUUUUUAAAUUUGUGUAUUGUUACAUAUGUCUGCAUCAAGCUAGCAGCUAAGAGGUUAACUGUGCAACUAUAAAAAAAAGAAAAAAAACUUUGUCUAAAAUGUAUUUAAAAAGAAAAAAAUUGUAAGUAGCAUUUACAUUUAUUCAAUAAUAUUACCACAUGCUGGGUUUCUGUACCAGAAAUGGCCAGUGGAUGUACAAAAUGUAUGUUAUUUUUGCUUAAAUUCAUUUAAAGUUUUUUAAAAUAAAGGGGCAGCAUCUUCUAAAUACUUUUAAGUUUUAUCAGCUUUUUUUUUUUUUUUUGGUGACAGGAUGCUGCAUUCUAAAACUUCAUAGUUUUAGACCAUGUUUGACUUGCUGUUGUAAUCUCCAUCCACUGUAGGAUAGAGGUAAAGGCAUUCUUCGCAGUGUAUUUCAUAUGCCACUGGUUUUUUUUUUUUUUGAAACACACACAAGCAAAAGAAAAAAAAACAGUGGCAUAGUUGGUUAUUUUUUGGACAAGCUAUACUUCAAGCUUGUUUUUAAAUGUUAAUUUGAUAGUGUUUUUUUUUUUAAACAAAUCAUGAAGCUGAAAAAUUUUUAGGAUUGUUGGUGCUUAGUAGACUUGAUAACUAUUUUAAAAAUGCGUGAAUUUAGUAAAAUCCUUUUCUUUUCCUCUCACUAUGCAUGUGUAAAUGUUUGUAACCCAGCUUUCCCCCUCCUCCAGUGGUAUCAAAAAUUGUGCCACCUUAAGGUUUGUUUUAUUUUUUUUUUUCUUCCUCCAGUAAAACAUUUUGGUACAUUAUUUGAUGUUUACAUUAAAAUGCGACAUUAUACAUGGCAA